AUGUUUGCUUUACAUUCAGAUCGAUUACGGAGAAGAUUGAGUGCCCCUACUUCUGGGUCGGCGCGCAGACGGGCACGGGAGAGGCGGCGAGCGGAGCAGACGCGCUUAGAAGGCGAAAGGCUUGCUCGGGAGCGGCGCGAGCAACGACAGAGGGAAAAGUUUGAAUUACAGAAGAAGGUUCAUCGAGAGCUGGCUUCGUAUGAGCCGUGGGGUCGCGCGGGGGGCGGGGCGCCCAACCCUCGCGGCAUUCGUUUCACCAACUUGCGCGCCGUUGGAAUUUAUCCGGAGGACGAAUUGAAGGGUGUAUCAGCGCACGAGCUCAACCGACGCUGGUCGCUUUUCCGUCGACGCCAACGCGGCCGCACUCCGCUGCGUCUGCGCGAAGACCCGCAGCUGUGCUACGCGGAGCUGCUGCGGCAGACCGUCGACAACGACAUACGAUACAGGCAAACUCCACGCGAGCAACAGGCUUACAAACAAAUAUUAGACGACAUGGUGGUGAAAAGACAAAAAGCAUUAGAUGAAGAAAUUAGACGCGACAUGGAAUACGAACGGAAAAUGCAAACAAUGGAUGGUCCAUGGGGUAAACCAGGGCCAGGCGGAGCCAUUUGGAGGAAUCCUCGAGAUAUUGGUCUAAAUUUCUCUAAGUCUAUGGGUUGGACAGAUAACGAAAUUUUUGACAAAAUGAAAGGGGAACACAAGCGGUAUAAAAGAUCGUCACUUUUUUUACCUAAAGUAAAGACAGCCGACGAUGAAUCCAAGCAUGAUGUGAAUAACAAAGAAAAUGUUAAGCCUUCCAGUGUUGAGAAGUUGCCUGAUAUAGGAAAACAGACGAGUCCCGAGGUCAGUCCGGAGGGGAGAAGGAAAAGUGAUGAGAGUAAAGAAGUGAAACCAGUCAAGAAUGGUAAAACAAAACGGAGUCCCAAAAAGAAUGUGUUUGUGAAGAGGUUAUCAAAUGGUGAACGAGUGAGAAAGACAUUGCCUGAUGACGAAGUUGACAAUGGUGAUGCUUGUGGUGAAAAGAAACCGACGCCAGAAGCUACGAUAUUGAGGUUGACGGGUGGCAUAGAGCUUGUUCCUCUGUUGGCGCGAAGAAGGCGCGUGGGAGCCCGCACUUUGCCUUCCAGCGAUGUCACUCGACCUCCGGAGCAGUCGUGCGAAUGGCGCGAACUCUCCGUAGAUUAUUUGAGGGAAUUAAAACAUCAAAUGCGCGUUAAAUGUCAACAGAAGGAGGAGAGCCGCCGUGAUUCGGCAGAGAGUGUGCGUCGCCACCACGCCACCUGGGCCUCGCUGUGGGGCCGGCCGGGCCACGGCGCGCCGCAGCUACGCGGCCGCUACGCGCGCAGCAACCUCGCGCAACUGCUGUACGUGGCGCCGCCGCUUGCUAAUGCUCAGCUGUAG